AUGGGGUUCACCACCGGCUUCACAGGAGGCAUAACCGUCACCCUCUCUCUAGCCUAUCUCACAGUUCUCGCACACCAACGCAACCGCGAUCGGCAAUCCGCCGUCCUACGCCAACAAAUAACGCUCAUAUCUGGGCUGACCGACCCGCUUCCACCUGUGCACCCGCCCACGCGCGCCGAGAUCGUCGCCAUACAGCGCGCCAACCUCGUCGAGUCAGCCAAAGACCGCUGGAACGCGGAGGUCGAGGGAGCUGUGAAAUGGGUACAGAAAACGGAUUGGGAUGCGACACGCGAGGGGCUUGAGAUCGCUGUCGGACGGUUAUGGGCGCACGCUUUUGGAAAAGCGUCACAGGAGGCUGAGAAAGGGGAGCACAAGGUCGAGGCUGAGUUUGCAAAAGCAAAAUAUCUUGCGGGGGUGGAAGUGAGGGGUGCGGAGAAGAGAGUUAAGGGCAUCGCGGAGGAAGCAAAGAGUGCUGCGGGCGAGAAGGCAAGAAGUGUGGCCGCCUCGGCGAAGAGCGCCUAUGCUGAUGCGAAGACACGGGGACUCGAGGCCGUGAGCAAGGGUGAGCAGAAGGCCGAAGAGACUAAGGGCUCGGUGUUCGGGGUCAUUGGUCAGGGUAUUCAGAAGGGCAAGGAGGCACUGGGUAUUGUGCAGGUGAAGGUUGUUGGGGCGGAGGAGGAGGUCGAUGCGAAAAUUGACGAGAAGCUGGGUCUGGUUGAAAGGACGCUACAGCAACGGUAUGAGAGGCCGGGCAAAGUGAACAAGAGUGUUGAGCAAGCGCUGGCGGAGAGGUAUGAGCCCGUGAGUAAGAAGGAGAAUGCAGUGUUGAGGGGCGUAUAG